AUGCAUCCAAAAGCUGCAAACCCAAAGGAAUUCUUAGAGAGCAAGUGGAAACAUGCGUUCACUACAUUUUUCGAUCUCGACCAGAACGGAUUGAUCGAGUGGAAAGAUUUCAAAGAUCUGAUAGAGGUAAUUGGAGAAGUUCGCGGACGCCGUUCGGAUUUCUUCAUGACCGCCCGUCUCUGCCUUCCAGAUAUUUGGCAAAAAAUGACCGAGGCAAUUGGAAAGGAAGAGGAAGAUAUUAUCACCCUUUCCGACUGGAUUCAACUGUGCCAAUCGUCGAGAAAAUCAGUUCGUGAGCCGGCUUGGCAGAAAGCGUACGUUGAGUACAUGUUUAAGCUUCUCGAUGAAUCGGGCGAUCAUCUUGUAGAUCAAGCUGAAUAUGUUCAAGUGCUCGGGUACUUUGGAGUCAAUAGAAAGGACUCAAGUCAUUGUUUUGACCAAUUUGCUUUUGUAAGUAUAUCAGAAAUAGAAAAAUAUUAACAUGCCCAUUAGAUUCUCCUGCUAGAGAAUACUUGAUCAUUUACGUUCCCCUAAAGCGUAGCCAUAGAUUUUUGUGUUCUCGAAAAUCAAAAUUUCAAACAAAAUCUUUAUUUCCUUUGAAGUUCUUCAUUUCAGUCUUUUUGUUUUAAUGCUUCAGUGAAUUGUUUAGUUACCUUAUCAGGUUAACAUCGCUCUUUGAUAUGUGGAUUCGAAAUUAUUCCAAAACAAAAAUGAAAAUCUUCAAAAAUAAAAUUCAAAAACAGCAUCGUCCACUGCAGAUUUUCGAAAUCACACUUAAUAAUUUGUAAUCCAACUUCUAAGAGCAUUUUCUUUCUAGAUUAACCAGCUACGUAGCAAUCUGAUCGAAAUCUUAAAAAUAAAAAAAGUAAUAUUUGUGAACGUUUUCUUAUGUUGGAAUUACACAUGAAUAAUGCAAUUUUUAUAGUUUAGAUACAAUUUUACCUUUUCCGUUUAGUCUGGUGGUAUUCACAGACAAAUAACAUUAAAUUCAAUAUUCAAAUCAAAAAAUACGAUUCAAUUGUGAAAUACAAACAUUUUAUUGAAAUCAUUUAAUGAAAGUGGGUGGGUAGACCAAGAAGGAUCAUAUUUAGCAAUAAUUUCACAGUGAGUAAUUGAUUUAAAUGGGGAAAAACUCAUAUUGGCUCUUUGCUCUAUCGAACUCCGAAUUUCUUCAUGGCUACUGUACCUAAAGAACUGUAGCAUCUCAAUUAAACUCGUUUUCGAUGUGCUUUCCUCCCUGAUAUUAUCUAUUGCCCAGACUAAUGAUUUCAUAAAUUAUUUGGGUGCCAUAUGAAAUUUUAAAAGUUAAAACUUGAAAAUAAUUCAGUUCAAAAAGUUUCCAAACCUUAAUAACUUAAAUUUCAGAAUCAUCAAGGUCAACUUAUCAAUAGUAUUGAUAAAAAGAAAUUCCAUGUUCUUUGGAAACAAUUCUUCCAUUCAGAAGAUCCAUCUAGCCCUGGAAAUUGGCUCUUAGGAAAAGUUUAAUUGAAAUAAAUACCUAUAAUGUAUUAUUCUUGACUAAUUUCGUACCGGUGUGUUUUUUAUUUGAAAUCUUUAUAGUUUCAUUCGAUUUCUCCUUUCCCCUUUCUCCAAAUUCUUUCCCCAAUCCCCGCAACAUACAUUUAAAUCACUUAUACUUCCAUAUGCAAUGAGCUUUUAAACGAUUUAUUGUCGUUAUUCUUUCAAUAAAUAAAACUAAUCGAAACUUAA